GACAUUUUAUUUCAUAAAGAAAAAAGUGCCGGCGAAUUUGAUUCACGGCGAGUGUAGCCAAAGCGGUGAAGUGGUGUCACCACGCUGGCUCUGCUUCACUGCUACCUGGGAAUUGUCGUCCCCUUUUCAACACAAACAAAAUACUCUCUAACUUCCAUUUUUUGCUUCACAUUCCUAAGCUAACAGGCACCCUUUUCAUAGCUUGACCAGGGAUUCAUGUUAUCAUGGAUGUGAAAACAAAGAGGAGAGGUGUUAUUGAGAAUGGUAAUGGAGGGGAGGACAAGGUUAUGGCGAAUUUGAUUGCAAAUGGAGAUGAUGUUGGUCCCCUUGUGAGGCUCUCUUUCGAAAUGGGGCGGCCUGAGGGGCUUCUUCACCAACUGACAUAUGUGGUUAAGCAAAAGGAAGCAGAAAUUGAGGAGAUGUGCAAGACCCACUACGAUGAAUUCAUCCUUGCAGUUGAUGAGCUUCGUGGUGUGUUAGUUGAUGCCGAGAAGCUGAAGAGUGAGCUCCAAAGUGACAAUUUUAAGUUGCAGCAGGUUGGCAGCACCCUUCUUGCCAAGCUUGAAGGGCUUCUUGAGUUGUAUUCUAUUAGGAAAAAUAUCACUGAAGCUAUAGAAGUGACGAAGAGCUGUAUACAGGUGCUGGAGCUUUGUGUAAAGUGUAACAGCCAUAUUUCAGAAGGUCAGUUUUAUUCUGCAUUGAAAACUUUGGAUUUAAUUGAGAAAAGUUGCACACAGAAUAUUCCUGCAAAAAUUUUCAAAGAGGUCAUAGAGAAGAGAAUUCCUGUUAUAAAGUUGCACAUUGAGAAGACAAUUUGUAUCCAAGUUAAUGAGUGGAUGGUUGAUAUAAGGAGUUCUGCUAAAAAUAUUGGGGAAACAGCAAUUGGUCUAGCUGUGACAGUUCGUCAAAAGGACCAGGAAAUGCUAGAACAACAGAGGAAGGUUGAGGAGCAAAGUAUUUCAGGACUAGGGGAUCUAGGUUAUUCUUUAGAUGCUGAAGAAGUUGAAGAAGAUUCAGUUUUACAGUUUGAUCUUACACCACUUUAUCGCGCUUAUCAUAUUCAUGAUUGCCUGGGUAUCCUAAACAAGUUUCGUGAAUAUUACUAUACCAAUAGGUUGUUACAAUUGAAUUCAGACCUUGAGAUAACUUCAGCACAGCCUUUUGUUGAAUCAUUCCAGACAUAUUUUGCUCAAAUUGCUGGAUUCUUUAUAGUGGAGGAUAGAGUCCUUAGAACGACUGGGGGCCUCCUUGAAGCUGAUCAGGCUGAAACAAUGUGGCAGACUGCUGUGGCUAAAGUGACUUCACUGUUGGAGGAGCAGUUUUCUUGUAUGGAAUCUGCCCCCCAUCUUCUCCUGGUGAAGGAUUAUGUCACUCUGUUUGGAUCUACUCUUAGACAUUAUGGAUAUGAAAUAAGCACAUUUCUUGAUGUUCUUGAUAGUAGUUGUGACAAAUACCACAUGCUUCUUUUGGAAGAAUGCCGGCUACAAACUGUGGAUGUCUUUGGUAAUGAUCCAUAUGACCAAAUGGAGAUAAAAAAGGAAACUGACUAUGAGAAUAUUGUGCUGUCAUUUAAUCUUCAAACAUCUGAUAUCAUGCCAGAAUUUCCAUACAUUGCACCUUUCUCCUCCAUGGUACCUGAUACUUGUCGCAUUGUGAGAUCAUUCAUCAAAGGCUCUGUCGAUUACUUAUCUUAUGGCAUACAAGUGAAUUUCUUUUAAGUUGUGAAAAAGUAUUUAGACAAGUUCCUGAUUGAUGUACUAAAUGUAACAUUACUUGAGAAAAUCAACAGUGGCAAUAUCACUGUACCUCAACUCAUGCAGAUUGCUGCAAACAUAACUGUUCUUGAAAGAGCUUGUGAUUUUUUCCUUCGACAUGCUGCCCAACUGUGUGGCAUCCCAGUACGAUCAGUUGGAAGGCCUCAAGCUACUUUAACUGCAAAGGUGGUCUUGAAGACAUCCAGGGAGGCAGCUUUCAUUGCCCUACAGAGUCUGGUGAACACAAAGAUAAGCGAGUUUAUGAAUCUUUCUGAUAGUGUUAAUUGGACUCCCGAGGAGACAAAUGAGAAUGGAAAUGACUACAUACAUGAAGUGAUCAUUUACCUUGACUCUUUCAUGUCCCCAGCACAACAAAUUCUACCCUUGGAUUCUGUGUACAGAGUUGGGAGUGGUGCUUUUGAGCACAUCUCAAAUUCAAUAGUGGCAGCUUUCUCUAGUGAUAGUGUUAAAAGAUUUAAUGUAAAUGCAGUUAUAAAUAUUGAAUAUGAUCUUCAGAUCAUAGAAAAUUUUGCAGAGGAGAGGUUCUAUUCUGCUGGUUUGGGAGAAAUGUACAAUGAAGUUAGUUUUAAGAACUGCUUGGUAGAAGCACGUCAAUUAGUCAAUCUUUUGCUAAGUAGUCAACCAGAGAACUUCCUGAAUCCUGAUAUAUGGGAGAAAAACUAUUAUGCACUUGAAAUUAAGAAGGUGGCUGCCAUCCUUGAUAAGUUCAAGGAUUCUCCAGAUGGAAUCUUUGGAAGCCUUGCUAAUAAAAAUGCAAAGCAAAGUGCUAUGAAGAAAUCAAUGGACGUUCUCAAAAAGCGACUUAAGGAUUUCAGUUAAUAAGAUUUGAAAACAUUCAUGAGGAAGUGGGGUAUAGUUGAAGUAUUUUUCUCGUUUCUUGUGGAUGUUUUAACUUCAUAAUGAACAUGUUUUCUAUAUUGUUCUGAUUUGUUUGUGCAUCAUUUGAAUUAAUUUGUCAUGAAACGUUGUUUAUCAAAUGUUUAUUACUGCUUGGAUGAA